UCAAUCGUGCGCGUUGUGAGUGUGUUCUUACUCCGAUAAAUAAUCCUCAAUUAUAUGAAUAUUAAUAAACAAACAAGUCCUUAGAGUAUUUUUUAAAAAUAAUCUCCUUUUUGUUAAAAUUCGAGUCUUUUUUAUUUUUUUUUUUCUAUAAAAAAAUAUAAAUUUUUAAAAUUGUUUUUUUGAACGUGAAGUGUUACAAUUAUUUGAAAUUUUUUAGUUUUAUCAAAUAAGUGAUUUUAUCAUAAUGGGGUAUGUUAAAUGACGGUGGUUUACGAUGACAGUAUGGACAAUAAAAUUCCAUGGGGUUAAAAGUUUAAAUAUAAAUAAAUAAAUAAAAAUAAUAAAAAUAGUAAAGUUAAAUUAAUAGUCACGUGAGUGGAUUGUGCGCGAGUUUUGUUUUAAAACGAAAAUAAUAUAAAAAUAAAAAUCUUGAGGGUGCAACAGUCACGUGUUUUUUUAGUGUGCGGGGGUGAUAAAAUAGCAACGAGAUGGAGACAAAUGAGAAUUGGCCGGAUGGCAGUAGAAAAAAUAUUGAAGCGACGGUACCUAAAAAAUUCCGUAAAGAAACUAACCGGACGGAAAUUGUUGGUCUAAAUUGGGCAUUGUUAUUUCUUUGUAUCGGUAGUAUUGGAAUAUCUGGUAUUCUUGCUUAUCGUCAAAUUCAACUUGAAUCUAGAUUAACUAGUUUAGAGGGACGGUGUGAUCAUCAAGAGACAAGCGAAGUCAUUGUCAAGAGGCUUCGUCGCGAAGUACAAGAUGCAUUUUUAGGACAAAAAAUUCCUUAUCCCGAAGGAGGUAUCUUUAGAGUCAAGAGGGAUGUUAGUGAUUGCAAUUGUCCUGCCGGACCACCAGGUGAACCAGGGCCGCCAGGAAAACGGGGCAAAAAAGGAAAAAAAGGUGACGCUGGAGAAGUUGGUCCACCUGGUGUUGCAGGGACUCCGGGCAAGAAUGGUUUUCCGGGUACCAAAGGUGACAAAGGCGAUGCUGGUUCGACGGGUCCGAUUGGAUUAGAUGGGCCCAAAGGCGAUCCGGGUCGUCCAGGUGACAAAGGACAAAAAGGAGAAUUAGGAAGUCCAGGCUUUGACGUCUUCUCAGCUGUAAAGGUAGCUACCAUAAACAAUGGGGACUCUAUCAGAAAAAAAAUACUACUAUACAGAAGAACGUAUCAGACGGGAUUGGGGUUAAAGAGGUCAGUGACAACGCUUCGCGGUGGGACACUUGGAUACGCGGAAAUCGUCGCAUUGAAGGGAGAACCAGGAGAACCGGGACCACCAGGACCACCCGGACCUCAAGGAUCUGAAGGAAUAGCUGGUCAAGAUGGACGUCAAGGCAUCCCGGGAGAAGUAGGUCCUCCUGGUGAACGUGGUCCUGCGGGACCUGUUGGCCCCGCUGGACCUAUUGGGCCGCCUGGUACACCAGGACCUAAGGGUAAAUCCGGCGAUUAUGGACCCCCAGGAUUUCCAGGAUUACCAGGACAUCCAGGGAUUCCUGGUAUGCCAGGACGCAACGGAACACGAGGCUUACCGGGAAGACGUGGUGACAAAGGCGACAAGGGUGACCGUGGAUUGACAACUUCACUGGACGGCAAGCAGAUUCCUCUCGGGACAUUUGAAGGACCACCGGGUCCACCGGGACCACCUGGAGCUCAAGGCGAAAAGGGAGAUGUGGGUCCAAUCGGGCCACCCGGCCCGCCUGGCGAGAAGGGCGCCAGGGGCAAACAAGGCAAGAGGGCAUUGACCAAUGGCGAGUGCCGUUGUCCACGUUCGUUGAGAGUUGGUCUUCCCGGUUUACCAGGUGAUAAAGGGAGUCCUGGAAAUCCAGGCUUACCAGGACCCAAAGGAGAUUCCGGUGUGCCAGGAUCACCUGGUGUUGAUGGAAUAAAUGGAGAAGCUGGUAUACAGGGUCCACCAGGAUUGCCAGGAUUAGCUGGACCUAAAGGUGAAAAAGGAGAGUAUGGGGAUAUUGGUCCACCAGGUUUGAUGGGUCCACCAGGUUUACCUGGACCACCAGGAGCGCCGGGUAUUAAGGGAGAAAAAGGCGAUAAAGGAGAAUCGAAGUACAAAAAACUCAGAAGAAGACAGGGUGAUGGAACGUUCGAAGUUAACGCGGGUGAAGUGAUAAUGGGUCCACCCGGACCACCAGGUCCAGCCGGUAAUCCAGGACUUCAAGGUCCACCGGGUAUCAAAGGCGAUCGAGGACACGAUGGCGCUAAAGGCGAACCUGGUGAGAAAGGCGCCAAGGGUGAUCCUGGUCCAAUGGGACUACCUGGACCGAUGGGGUUAAGAGGUGAAGCAGGAAGACCUGGCGAUGCUGGAAAACCCGGGGCAAUGGGAACGCCGGGCUUAGAUGGUAUGAAGGGCGCACAAGGUGAACCGGGUAUCAAAGGUGAACGCGGUAAUUCAGGUCUACCCGGUACUGAUGGUAUUCCCGGUGCUCAGGGUUCCAAAGGCGACAAAGGUGCCCCAGGCGAAACCGGCGCACAAGGUAAAAAAGGCCGCCGUGGGGACAAAGGUAUUAAAGGUGAUCAAGGUGUUCCGGGGCUUGACGCACCAUGCCCACUUGGUGCUGACGGAUUACCACUCGCUGGUUGCGGUUGGCGUGCACCUCAGUCAAAAAUUUUACAAAAAUGGUUAUUAGAAGAACAAUUUCAUCAGCAGCAUCUAAAAAAACGUGAUCACAAAUUACGUAACUGAGUAAAAUUUAAAAAAUAUAGUUUAUUUUUUAAUAAUAUAAAUAAUUAUUGUCCUUUCUCUACAUAUCCAAUUUAAAAUCCUCCCAUUUUUUGUAAAAAUAAAACAGUCGUUUAAAAAAUAAUUUUAGUGUAAGUUAAAUAUAAACUGUCAAUUAAUUAGUUUAUUAUGCACUAAGGGAGAAAAAUAGAACAUUCCGACCUGCUUCAUCGGGUGCGCAGUCAAAGGUGACACGUGAAUUGGAACCUUCUAUUUUUUUCUGAAUUUAAAUUAUUUCUCAACAGAUAUGCAGCUGAAAGUUCAAAUUUUUGUCUCUAAGAAAAAAUUAACGCACGCGGAGAAAAAAUUCUAGUUAAAUUUACGAUGCUAACAUGGUAAUUUUUCCUAUUGAUUAUUGUAGUGGUGGACUAUACCUUUGAAGUCAUAAUUUUUACGAUGUAGCAUUGUCAAGUUCAUUUAAGAAACAAUACUUCAGACAUAUAACACAAAGUCUUAAGCUCUUUAGUAUAAAUUACGAAGUGAACAUCAUAAAAUUUGAGAAUUUGAUGUAAUAGAAAUUUUAAAUAAAAGUAUAAAAUAAUAAUCGCUCGGGCAGGUGUUGGAUUCGAACACGAGACCUUUCGAGUGCGAAGUGACCGAGGCCUAGGGCCACUCGGCCACAGAAGGGCCCACAAGUUCAGGUCGUGUUUAAGAUCCAUAUAAACGAUAUAAAUAAACAGUCUUAAGUCACAAGAACGCCUCUUACGGUGGACACAGUUACUAUUUAAAAAUUACGAUGUAACUUCGUAAUUUUUAUAACUUACAUCGUAUUAUAACAGAGACAGCACUGUAAUAUUUAUUUUAUUCAAAAGUGAAUAGAAAGAUAAAUAUAGGAAUAAAUAUAGUUUUCGAACUGUAAUUUUUAUUUUGUUCUUUUUACGAUGAUAACAUUGUAAUUUUUUAAAUAAUUUAAAAUCCCAAAAGUCUUUGUUAAAAUUACGAUGUUAAAUAGUAAAAAAUGUAACCUACAUAGUAAAUUUUAAAGUAAGACAUUUGAAAAUUGAUGAUAAUGAAAGUAUAGUCCACGAUUACGAUGUUUACAUCGUAGACUUUAGUGGAAUUGUUUUUCCGUGUACAAGAGGGAAAUUCGGACACGAGAUAGAACAUGAUUUUAGACUAGGGAGUGGUAGCGCUUGCCUUUGGCUCGGGCAAUCAACCGGGUAGAAAAUUGUCUCCUUUUAUCCUGUGUCGUGCAAUUUAAUAUUCAGCUGCUGAUCUAUUGAAUAGUUUAAUAAAAAAUAAAAUAAGUUGAUUAGCUUUUUAAAUAAUAAAAAAAUAAAAAUAUGUAAGUGGUGUAAAUAAAUGUACUUACAGUGCACCAAUAUAAUGUGCACGUGAGUUCGUGUAUAUAUUUGAUAAAAAAAUAUAAUAAUGAAAUUUAAAAAUAAUAAUAAUUUCUAAAUUAAAAAAAAAAUUAAUAUUUAAAAAUAUGUAAUUUUAUUUGU